AUCCACCCGAUGAUGAGCUAUAUGAGUUCCUUCUUGGACUGACCAAGUAUUCGCUCACUGUUCCGGAGAAGCUUGUCCAUUUCCAAAUAAAAUUUAAUGUCAAAAUUGGCAUUCGAAAGCCAGGGAUUCCACAGGAAGAGAUUGAAGCAGCUGUUGUCAGGGAGAUCACAAGUGAUACCAACCAGAUGAAAGGUCCAGUUGCACUGAAAGAAAGUCUCAAAAACAAGUUGAUUCUUGUCCUGAGAGAAAGAGUUCAUGCGAUAAUGCUACAGCAUGCACCUGAGGGUUUCAACCACUUUGGGCCAUUUCAGGAGAUAUCUGCUGAUGGACACGAAAAGUUAAACCAGCAAGCCCUCAACAUGGGAGAUCUUAAUAUCCCAAUCUACACUUACAAGGACAAAUGGUCUGGUAUGAUCCUGAAGUUCUGUACUCUGGCACUGUUGGGCAUCUCUAUCUUGACUUGGUCCAGGAGUGAGAUGGGAUCAGAGAUUGGGUGGCAGGCAACAAUCCAAUCAAUUUUCAGAGAGUUUUAUGCCCCUACAAUUGACAUGGAAGUUUUCCCCCCUUUCAUCACAAUUCCAAGCACACGGAACACUGUGAUUGAAAGCCUUUGGCGGUGGCUGCACGAGAAGACAGGUUUUAACUUGAAGGACACGAUUCUGAUUGUAAGCCUGCCCCACCCCCAGGAAACAGACCCACUUACCCAUGAGUAUAGUGAUCUGUUCUAUUGGAUAUUCAUCCCACUCAUUCAGGAAGAACUUAAUUGGUUCCGCGAUUAUUGGAACAAUCAUAGGAUACGAAAGCAAGCUCGCAAGACAACACCAUCCGGUCACAGUCCUGCCGAUGCACUCCGCCAUCCAUCCUUAUUUCGAGGAACAUUGUGCCUAACCCGUAUUCCUGAAGAAGCACAAACUGACAUGCGCAAGAUUCCUGAUGAGGAAGUCGGACCACGCGAGCAGUAUCUCUCUUGGUAUAGUGAAGAUUUUCACAGGGCUGCCUCAGCUGUGUACGAGGCAAUUGGCUCUCCUAGAUUUUCGUUGACCAAUGCAUAGGAUAUUUUCACAGCAAUGGUACAGGAAAUGACACCGUAGGAAUAGCUAGUACUCCCCUCAUAGCUUUAUUCUACAUUUUUCCUAUUAAUCGCUGCACGCCUGAAUAGAGGCCUAGUCAUUCUGCUAACUCGCCCAACUCGCCCGACUCGCCCGACUCACUUGACUCGAAAAGUGACAUGGCGUGGUCCGUGACGCGGCAUAUGGUGUGACGUGGACAAGCGCUGGACUUCCCGUACGCUCGCACGGGAAAAUGAACCUCGGACUUCCCACGCACCGUACAC